AUGUCGGACCAGGCUCGGGUUUCGUACAUGACAAAGGAGCAGCUAGAAACCUACCUCUCCGACCUCCGCUCCAACCGGCCCCAACGCCCCAUCGGCGCGCGCCCCCUCUCAACCACCAAAGCCCGCUGGACGCCGCAAAGCUCCGUCAGCCUCCUCGACGCCGCCCCCUCCCUCAACGAGCCGCGCCUACACCCCUCCCCGCCGCGUAAAGCCGCGUUCUCGUCGCCCGAUGGCACAACAACAACACAAGACGACGACGCCGUCGUCGGCAGACGCGACAGCUGGCUCCUGAGACGCAAUUCGCACAAGCGCAGCCAGACAUUCUCGGCGCCGUCAAUUGCGUCAUCCAUCUUGCCACGAUCGUCGACGCCGACGCGAAUCACACGCACACGCUCAAGGGCCGCGACGGCGUCCGUCCCGCCGACGGCUACGCCGCCGUUUGCACCCCCGGAAACCACUACCACCACGACGGCGGAGGCGGAGCAGCGCGAGGUCGGCUGGGAUGGGAAAGACCUGCAGGAGGGCCGCAUGGGCGAUACGCCGCCAAAGACGGACUCGGCCACAGCAGCAGCAGCAGCAGCAGCAGCAGACUCAGCGUCGACAACAACAACGACAAAGCGCGGGAACUCGCUGAAGAAGCAGGGCUCCUUCAGCUUCCGCGAGUUCUCAAAGUUCGGCACCCGCCACGAGCGGACAGGGUCGUCGGGGUCCGCGUCAACAUCGUCAUCCUCGUCGUCUUCAGGCGGCGGUAUCGCGAAAAAGACGGUGUCGUGGGCGCUGCCGUCGCUGUCGCGGCCGAGCUCGCCGAGCCCCGCCGCCGUAGUCAUGCCGCCGACGCAUCCGCCGCCAAAGUCGGCGUCGACGAGGAUCGAGGAGGAGUUGACUUCCCAUUUUAGGUCGUUGCCGCCGGCGCCGCUGCCGUACGUGGCGCCGCUGAGGAUCAACAAGUCGCCGAGUCAGCGGUCGACGCCGCUGGGGAGGUCAGAGUCGGCGGCAAAGUUGCCAAUUGUGCCCGAGGCGGCGGCGGCGGCUUCGACGCCGCCGCCGACGAGGAAGGAGUCGUCGGUGAGGACUGCACCGAUCUUUUCGGCGCCGGGCAGGCGCGCGUAUAUCGAUCCGCAUAAGAAGGAGCCGACGCAGCAUAAUAAGGUCAAGUACACGACGAAUCCCGUGCCGUUGCCGUCGCCGCCAAUGUCCGGGUCGGAGGAGGAGGAUGCGGAGGCAGAGGCGUUGAAGGAGCUUGGGAGAAGGCCGUUGCCGAAAGCUGGAAAUGGCAGUUCUGAGAACGUUACUGCCAUUACGGGUGGCAUUGAGCGGAUUGGAGGUCUGGGUAGCAGGAACGGUGUUGGGUUUGGGCGGAACGACACGGACGCGCGGAAAAACAGGUCAAGAUACGGAGCACAGGUGCAGCCGCAGUCGGCCGCACCGAUCAUUGGGCUGGUGACGAUGCCGACGCCGCCGCCGACGGCGUCGAGCUCAACCAAGAGCCCCCCGAUGCCGAUCCCGACCUUUAGCUUCCCCGAUGAGGACACCCCCGCAAGACCGAAGCAACAGCAACCCCCACCCCCAUCAAUCCCUGUGAUCUCCCUCCCCGACGAAGCCCCCAGCGGCGCCCCCGCCCGCGACCCAGCCGGCGCCCCCGGCGCCUCGCGCCGCCCCCUCCCCAUCCCCCGCGGCAGCGCAAAGGCCCCAGGCUCAUCCUACUCGACCGGCAGCGGCAGCAGCAACAACAGCAGCGGAUACGUCAACUCGCGCGGGCCAACAGCGUCAUGCGCGUACUGCCGCACGCCCAUCGAGGGGCGCGUGGUGUCUGCAUCGUCGAUACGGUUCCACCCAGAGUGCUUCCGCUGCGACCACUGCCACACCACGCUCGAGCACGUUGGCUUCUUCCCGGAGCCCGAGGAGAGCCGGCGGCGGAGGGCCGAGGUUGAAGGUGAUAGGGGCGAGAAGGGCGGGAAGGUUAGGUUUUAUUGCCAUCUGGACUUUCAUGAGCUGUUUUCGCCCAGGUGUAGGAGCUGCAAGACGCCGAUUGAGGGGGAGGUUGUGGUUGCGUGUGGCGGGACGUGGCAUGCGGGGCAUUUUUUCUGCGCUGAGUGUGGGGAUCCGUUUAAUUCCGAGUCGAGGUUCGUGGAGAAGGAUGGGUAUGCGUGGUGCGUGGGGUGCUACCAGAAUCGGUAUAGCGGGAAGUGCAAGAAGUGCAAGAAGCCGGUCACGGAGACGGUAGUGAAGGCGCUGGGCGGCGAGUGGCAUGAGGAGUGUUUUUGCUGCACGGAGUGUGGGAGUGGGUUCGAUGAUGGGAGGUUCUUCAUUAGGGGCAAGGGGGGGAAUGAGAUUCCGGUGUGUGUGGGGUGUGAGGAGAGGAGGUUGAAGAGAUAG